CCAUGUUCUUGAGCUAUGGGCCCAAGUUCAAGUCUCAGACUGUGGUGGAACCGUUCUCCAACAUUGAGUUGUAUAACCUCAUGUGUGAUGUGUUGGAGAUCAUUCCGGCUGAGAACAACGGAACCCACGGAGCUCUGAACCACCUGCAGAGGGAGCCUUUCUUCAGCCCCUCCUUCCCCCCAGAGCUGAGCCCUGCUCUGGACUGUUCCCUGACCAGCCUGACCCCCCCUGAUACCCUAGGCUGUUCCUGCAACCUGCUGAAUGACAGCAGCAUCAACAACAGACUCAACCUAACCUCAGAAGAAGUGGCUGCAUCAGAAAGGACCCAUCUACCUUUUGGACCUCCAGCUCUGCUCCAGGGGGGUCAGAGCCACUGCCAUCUCCAUCAUGAGGGCUUUGUGAGCGGGUACAGCAGGGACAGACUCAUGCCUCUGUGGACGUCCUACACACUCCCCAAAUCUCCCUCCCCUGGUCCUUUGGGUCCUCUUGUCUCAGACUGUCUCCGCCCUGAUGUUCGGGUUCCUCCAAACCAGAGUUCCUCCUGUGAUGUCUACAGCUCCAAGAACCUCAGCGCCGGGUUCCUCUUCCCUCCAAAUCUGAACUCUUCAGCAGAGCAGCAGUUUGAUGCUCUCACCACCUCCAACAUCAUCCCCAUGCUCCCAGAGUUUAAGAGGAUCUGGAGUUACUUUCAUGACUCUCUGCUCCCACGAUAUUCAUGGCUCUAUGAAGAACUAAAUGUGGUGAGCGGCCCAGUGUUUGACUAUGACUUCAAUGGACGAUAUGACUCCUCGGACCAGAUUCUUCAGUUCGUUCCGGGCUCUAGAAUUCCUGUUCCAACGCAUUUCUUCAUCGUUCUGACAAGCUGCUCAAACUCCUCUUCCUCACUUCUGAGCUGUGACAAGCCUCUGAAAACAGUGUCCUUUAUCCUGCCCCACAGAGCACCUACAGAGAUCUGUGAGAGUUCAGGGGCAGAGUCUGUGUGGGUGGAGGACCUGAUGUGGUUCCACCAGUCACGUGUCAGGGAUGUGGAAUGGCUCACAGGAUUGGACUUUUACCAUGGGAGCUCUCGACCAAUCACAGAGCUGCUCCAAAUGAAGACCCUCCCCACCGGACUGGUUCCACCAUUUUAGAGCCAAAGGCACCAUUUUUGCGCUGAUUUGCCAUUUUAGGAUUGUACAGGAGCAAAUAGAGCUGGUUAUGAUCAUAGAUUGUAUAAAGAAGAGGAGUAAGGGAGUAUGAUGUCACCCAUAGGGGCAAAUUUGGUCUGUUGUUGAUGUUCAAUUCUUGAGUUACGGAUACAGUAACAAAAUAAAAACACCAGGAUCAUGUAGAGUGGAUAAAUAUGAAUAUUUUAUAACCAAAAUGAUGAAUCUGACAGCAGACGUUACAGAGAGAGGGGACACAGUUUUUUUUUUUUCAAUAGAAAGUGAAUUGGAGGAGGAAGUGUGCCCAUGUUCAGCUCCUAUUUGGAAUGCAGCAGCUAGCAGGUUAGCUAUGUCCUUUUAUAUAUAUAGUUUAUGGUUAUACAUGAUUAAUAUAAAAUAUUUUUGCACAAGAUUAUUACUUAAACUGUGACACUUUUAUUAUUGCACUUUUUAUUGUUUUUAAAGAGGGGGCAUUAUGCAAAGUUGACUUUUUGGAGCUUUAUACCAAUGUUAUAAUGUUCC